AUGACGGAAUCGGAACUCGUCAACUCGGCCGUGAAUGCUGCCUCGAAGGGCAAAUCGGACCGAGCCAAUCCAAUCCGAGCUGUGGCGACCGCGAAACGUGGCCCAUAUUCUUUUGUGUCCCUCGUGUUCCCAGUUCACUUGGACCCGCCGACUGCGCCAAUCUUGCCUCUCGCUUCUUUCCUUCUCCACAAAUUGCCCCCCCCUCCACCGCCCUCUUUUGGCCCUCCUCCCUCGGGCCAACGGGCCAGACAGCCUGACAACCAGGACAGUCUUAUUAGCCCCGAAGGCCACCGGCAAGGCAACCCGGACUAG